AUGGAGUGCAGAAGCGAUGCAGAAAUUUGGAAGGAAAAGUUUGCUACCUUCCUAUCAGAAGAUUUGGCUGAGGAGUUAAUGAAAAUUAAAGCAUUUUCUGUCGAUAAAGCAGGCAAGCGUGUCAUAGCCGAGCCUCUAAAUUAUGCACUUUCCGGUUUCGUAGACUUGUUGUCCAACACAGUAAAAAUCGGUCCGAAAAGAUUAAGAGAGCUGGAUUCUAGCUUCUUUCGACAUAGAGAUUUGUACAUCUUGGUUUUAAAGAAAGUCAUCUCUAAGAUACCUGAUUUACGUGAAGAAGUGCAGUUUUGGAACAUGUAUCAUUUCUUGCAAUUUCUUCCUCUUCCGUCCAAAAAACUGCAUACUGCUUUUUACGAAACAAAAACUAAUAUUAUAAGUAGACACUGGAAGGUCAGAAAAGCGAAACGGUACUAUCAAGAAGCAUGGCUACUGUUAGUGAAACAUAAGCUUCCCAAACAUUUGUUGAAAAAGUUGGUACCAUAUUUGAACGACCAUGUACUCGAUUCGUUCAGAGAGCCAUUUCUUAUUGGCGAUUUUUUAUUUCGUGUUUUUAAAAUGGGCGAAGUUUUUGCGUUACUUUCCCUGGCUGGCAUUUUCAAAUUGAUUGUCAAAUAUAACUUCGAAUUCCCAAAUUUUUACCAAUGUGCUUACGAGUUAAUAACACCAUCUAUAUGUUACCUGACUUAUCGAGAAAAGUUUUUCACACUUCUAGAUACUUUUCUCUCAUCGUCACACCUUCCUAUAUACAUUGUCGCUGCGUUUGUGAAGCGUUUGUCUUGGCUAACUCUUUUAGCUCCUAUUUCAUGUCAGGAACCUCUGUUUGCUUUAAUAGGAAAUUUGAUAACACGACACAAGGAUGUGGAAUUUCUGAUGCAUAGAGAUAAUCCAGAAACAUUUUCUGAUGAUCCUUAUAAUGAAAAACAAAUGGAUUUACAAAAAUGUGGAGCUUUCGAAAGUUCACUAUGGGAAAUCAAGGUGUUGCAGCGACAUUGGUUUAUAGAUAUAGCGAAAAGAGCAAAUUUUGUUAACAGAGGGAUGCAGAGGAUGGAGUCAUUUGUGCGCUGGAAGAACGACGAACAGUAUUUCACAGAAUUAUUGUCUAGAAGAUUUGGAAGUGAACCACUGAAAAAUAAGGAGAAGGGAAAAUUCCGAAGAAACCAGAAAAAUGAUGAUCAUCCAGUUAAAAAACGACCGAAACUAUUUAGGAAUACAAAAAGUUAUAACUGUAUGAUUGCAAUUAAUGACAGAGAACCACCGAUUCAUCUUUUUAGUAGUGAUUUCAAGAUACAGAAUUCUGUUUAA